UAUAUAAAUAAGUUGGGAGCUAGGGUUUAGUGGAGAGUUCCAUAUUUUCGAUCGUACUCCGCCGCAGCACUCUCUCAAAGCGUGGAGAGUUCCAUAUUUUCGGUCGUACUCCGCCGCAGCUGUCAAAAUGAAGGCCAUCCUCUCGUCGGAAACGAUGGACAUCCCUGACGGCGUGAAGAUCAAGGUCCACGCCAAGGUGAUUGAGGUGCAAGGACCGAGGGGCAAGCUCGUCCGAGACUUCAAGCAUUUGAAUCUGGAUUUCCAGUUGAUCAAGGACGAAGAGACCGGGAAUCGAAAGCUGAAGGUUGAUUCUUGGUUCGGAACCAGGAAGACCAGCGCCUCCAUCCGUACCGCUCUCAGUCACGUGGAGAAUCUGAUCACCGGCGUCACCAAGGGAUACCGCUACAAGAUGCGGUUCGUGUAUGCUCAUUUCCCCAUCAACGCAUCCAUCACCAACGCCAACAAAGCCAUUGAAAUCCGUAACUUCCUUGGGGAGAAGAGGGUAGUGAGGAAGGUUGAUAUGCUUGAUGGUGUGACUGUCAUCAGAUCAGAAAAGACCAAGGAUGAGUUGGUUUUGGAUGGCAAUGAUGUGGAGCUGGUUUCACGAUCUGCUGCUCUGAUUAAUCAGAAAUGCCAUGUGAAGAACAAGGAUAUCAGGAAGUUUCUUGAUGGUAUCUAUGUUAGCGAGAAAGGAACUAUCGUCGAGGAGGAAUGAGUAGCUGCAUUUUGAAUUUCUGUUCUCGGAGGACACCCUGUUUGUUAGUUUUUGAACAAUGCUGCCUGUGCAAGGCGUUUUUGGACGAGUUUGUGUUAUUAAGGUUUACAAAUUGGCUUGGAUCUUUGGCAGUAAUGUUGAUCUAUUGUGGUUUGCAUCUACUGGUAUUUUGGUAUACUCUUGCACUGAUAGCCUAGCCUCUGUUCAUUUUGCACUAUUUUGCUUUGGCUUGGUUAAGUGAAUUGUGUGGUAUAUGCUAUUAGUGAAUUACACCAGUCACAUAAUCCAUGUUCAACAGAUAUAUACUACGUUACUUUUACUAGA